UUUGACCUAAGUUGUUACGAGCCCGACGUCGAGACCUUCGCCUGUGCUUCGGGAAUGCAGUUCAUACACGCCAUCGCACGAUGUGAUAGUAUUGUUGACUGCCAUGAUCACUCCGAUGAGAUUGGCUGCGGAGAAUGUCCCCCGGGAACAUCCCAAUGUGAAGGAACUGAUAUAUGCAUCUAUUCUAAAUAUCUUUGUGAUGGAGUGAAUGACUGCCCGCUUGAAGAUGACGAGAACUGUAUAGAUUCAAGGUGCCCGGACGGGUGUAUCUGUGGGGAGGGCCCUUACGCCCAUUUCUUUGGGCCUAGCCGGGCCUUCUGCGCCGCACCGGGUUAUCUCCCAUACUGGACCAAUGGGACCACCACAUGGAAUCAGCAAUACGCCAUGAACACCACUCUCAGAACUGUUAUUAUAGACCUUCAUGACAUUCCCAUCGGGCACCUCGAUCCAGGGAGUUUCAAUGGAGCAACAAAUCUGAAUACCCUUGACCUGACUAAUUGUGAUAUUGACCACCUUCCUUCAGGCGUAUUUGAUGGUGCUCCUCGUCUUUACAAAUUGUAUAUUCGAUAUAACAAGUUGAGAUAUUUGGAGAAAGGGACGUUUCGCGGUCUCUACAACCUUUAUCUCCUCUUCGCAGAGUUCAACUUUUUGACGCAAUUUGACGAUGGCUGUUUUGAAGGACUGACCAAUCUAUUUUUCAUAGAUCUUGAGAAGAAUGGAAUAACUGAUUUCCGUCCUGGUACGUUUCGCGAUCUCGGGGGCUCUCUCGAAAGAUUGAUAAUAACUCGUAAUAACCUCACAUCGAUCAACUCAUCGCUGUUUUAUGGGUUGGAAGACUCAUUACUUAGAGUGAACAUGGAUAAUAAUGAACUAAAGUACAUAGAGCCAGGGACCUUCCAGAAUAUGACAUCUCUGCAAGAUAUCGUACUGGCUUCUCUUAGCACGAAACCAUGGACCUUAUAUCCCGAAGUCUUUGAGGGUCUCUCCCAAUUGAAGUCACUCCAUGUCAACGAUCCGAGACUGUGCUGCCUAGCCCCAGCAGAGACCGAAUGCGUCCUCCGGAUCCCGCCCCACCCCCUCUUCACUUGCAGGAAGACAUUCCUCCAAAACACAACCAUCAAAUUCUUCAUCUGGUUCUUGGGUGUUAGCGCCCUCAUCGGUAACUUCCUGGUCAUUGUUAUGCGUCUCAACAGCAAGCCAGCAACUCCAGUAGCCCACAUACAGUCCAUGUUCAUUACCAAUCUAGCUGCUUCAGAUUUCUUGAUGGGUGUGUACAUGGUGUUCCUGGCCAUAAUGGACAUCUACAUCGGGGAGUCGUACUUCUGGCAGGGCCUAUCAACAGAGUGGCGGUCGAGCGCGUUAUGUCAGUUCGCCGGCUUCAUCUCCAUCUUCAGCAGCGAGGCAUCGGUCUUCCUCCUAACCCUGAUCAGUGUUGACCGGUUCAUCUGCAUCCUGUUUCCCUUCUCCACCAAGCGAUUGACGGUUACUUCUGCUCGUAUGGCCAUUGUUGGUAUCUGGUGUUUCGCCCUCAUGCUCAGUCUGACAGGCGUGCUCCUCAACAACCUCUACCCCGAUGCUUACAGUUUGAGUGACGUCUGCGUGGGCCUGCCAUUCAUCCGCAAAUCGACCAACCUCCAGGCCUCCCAAGACGAUCGGACCACCAACACCUACCAGACCGUCACCUACUUCACCGAAGCCACGUCGUCGAUCUCCACAUGGCAGUUCUCCAUUGCCCUCUUCCUCGGCAUCAACUUCAUGAGUUUCCUAGUCAUCCUCUGCACCUACAUCGCCAUCUUCAUCAAGGUCCGUUUCACUAGGGCCGAGGCCGGCAAGACCAACCAGAGGUCGCACGACGUCAAGAUGGCCAUCCGGAUGUUCCUGAUUGUCGGGACGGACUUCUGCUGCUGGAUGCCCAUCAUCAUCCUAGGUAUCCUGGUCCAGACCGUUGGGGUGGAGGUGACCCCGGACAUUUACGCUUGGCUUGUCGUAUUCGUCCUCCCAAUCAACUCUUCUCUCAACCCAUACCUCUACACCAUCGUUCACUCUGUCUAAAGGAAGCAUCCUGACAACAUUUUAGUGAAUGGCAUAUGUGAAAUCACACGGCAGAGGAGAGGGGGAGGGGUAGGGCGACUGUAUCUGGAGCGAAUGGAUGUCGAUUAGGAACGAGUAAGGGUAAAGGGGGAUGUAUCUCCAUUUUCACCAGUGAUGAACAAUCAGUAUUCUGUCUGUUCAAAUGCUGGUGUCUGCCUUAUGAAACUGGGUCAAGCCGUCAAACCGUCAAGGUGUCUUAUUAUGUUAUUAUACCUCUCGUGACUGCCGAUUUGCGUAACUUUCUUUCUUUAUUUCUUUCUUUCUUUUUUUCAUUUAUUUAUUUAUUUAUUUAUUCAUUCAUUCAUUCACGUUUUAUUUAAAAGACAGGGUUGUCUCAUUCAAGCCAAAUGGCUUGCUUUACAAGGGACCCUGUCCAAAUGUACAUAAAUAAUAAAUAUGACAUAAACAGGAAUA